AUGCUGGCCUGGCUACUUGCCCAGACGAGUCCGGCCCCGACGAACCUACUCUCAACGGCACCGGCAACACCACAAGCGACACCGCAAGCAAACCGCAACGUCCGCGCCCAAGACCACUUAUACUUCCGUGACGAAAGUCUUUCCCCACGUUCCGAGACGCGCCUAACACGAGCCAUGGAGGCUCUUCUCAAGGCUGAGCGCUCCCGGCGUCACAAACGCACCAGACACACCAUCGCCUACUUCGAGGCCAUCGACAGCCUCAGGAACCAGACCGAUCGCGAGUCACGAUGCCGCAUCCUCGCAUCGCUCGCCCUCUCGACCGUCCAGCCUCUUCUGCACCCAACUGCGUACACCUUGGUCGGCACGACAGCCCUUAACCGCGCCCACGUCGCGCAUCACAACGCGCGAGCCAAGCAGGAGGCUACAGUCGGCAGGUUCCGCGAUAUUCUCUCGGGACGUGGCUUCCGCGGUGUUUGGCCUGAUGAGACGUGA